UAGACUACUAUACUUAGCGGAGUUUCGGGAGGAAACAGAAUGCGGCGUAUAUUCCGCCAACGAAAAAUAAUUGCAUUAUUUUCAAUAAAUCGACUCAGUUUAAUACAUUAGAUACGUGGCAUGUUGUAAAAUAGUAUACAAAGAAAAUACUAAAGCGAUAUCUUUUUUGAGAUUAGCAAAAAUGACUCUAACUCAUUACAAGUAUAAUGAAACAUAGGGAAGAAACAAGAUAAGAAAAAUAACAAAUCUUCAGUUAUAGCUAUAGUCACUAGCUGUAUCGUUUGUAUGUUGUCAUAAAAAUCUGAGGCGGAUAUAAGUAUAGCCUUUGUAGAGUUGAAGCUUAACUAUCUUAUCACGUGUCGGAAAUAAUCUUUUAAUAAACGAUGGCGACAUUGACUCUAUAAACGCUGCUCAAGCACUUACCCGUCGACUGUUGCCGAGUGCAGACAUCGCUGAGAAGAAAAUGGCAAAGCAGGUCCAAAUUAAAUACACUCAACUGUUCAUCGACAAUGAAUUUGUGGAUGCAGUGAGUGGUCGUAAAUUUCCCACAAAAAAUCCUGCCGAUGGUACAGUCAUUGCUGAAAUCUCCGAAGGAGAUAAGGCUGAUGUGGAUAAAGCAGUGGAAGCUGCUAAAAGGGCCUUUAACAGAAAUUCGAAAUGGCGUACAAUGAAUCCGUAUAUCCGUGGACAACUUAUGCACAAGUUCGCAGAUCUUGUUACGCGCGAUUUAGAUUAUAUCGCCACUCUCGAAACUCUUGAUAAUGGAAAAACGUAUACAAGUGCUGUUGAGGAUAUUCAAUAUAGUAUUGCUACUCUUCGUUAUUACGCAGGCUGGUGUGACAAGAUACUUGGAACUACCAUUCCAACAGGCGACGCUAACGUUACAAUGACACGAAAAGAGCCAGUCGGCGUUGUCGGACAAAUCAUCCCUUGGAAUUAUCCUUUCAUGAUGUUGGCUUGGAAAUGGGGUCCUGCCUUGGCUGCCGGAUGCACUUUGAUCUUAAAGCCAGCAGAGCAAACACCUUUGAGCGCGCUUUACGCAGCCGCUCUAGCUAAGGAGGCAGGAUUUCCAGCGGGUGUCAUAAAUGUCAUUCCAGGUUACGGUCCAACUGCUGGCGCAGCUAUUGCUGAACAUCCAGAAAUUCGUAAAGUCGCCUUUACUGGAUCCACCGAGGUCGGACAUUCCAUAAUGAUAGCUGCCGGUAAAACUAAUCUUAAGCGUGUCAGUCUUGAAUUAGGUGGCAAGAGCCCGCUCGUUGUUUUCGAUGAUGUUGACGUGAAAGAAGCUGCGGAAAUCGCGCAUAACGCUCUAUUUGCAAAUCAUGGACAGAGCUGUUGCGCAGGAUCACGGACAUUUGUACAUUCUAAAGUAUACAACGAAUUCGUGAAGCAAGCUAAACAACUGGCGCUCAACAGGAAAGUAGGGGACCCGUUUGAUUCUAAAAUGGAUCAAGGCCCGCAGAUCGAUCAGGAUAUGUUCGACAAAGUGAUGGGCUUAAUCAAUUCGGGCAAACAGCAGGGCGCCGUUGUGGAAGCUGGCGGAAAUCGCAAAGGCGACAUUGGCUACUUCGUACAGCCUACAGUCUUUUCAAAUGUAACCGACGACAUGAGGAUCGCCAAAGAAGAAAUUUUCGGUCCGGUUCAAACAAUCUUUAAAUUCAGUGACAUGAAUGAAGCAAUCGAACGUGCCAAUCGCACUAACUAUGGUCUUGCCGCGGGCGUUAUUACUAAAGAUAUUAACAAAGCUUUGGAGUUUGCCCAAGCUGUGGAAGCGGGCAGUGUUUGGAUAAACUGUUACGAUGCUAUCACACCUCAAACACCAUUUGGUGGUUUCAAACAGUCUGGCAUAGGACGUGAAUUGGGAGAAGAAGGCUUGAACGAAUAUCUUGAGAUUAAAACAAUCUCUAUCAAUGUCGCAAAAAAGAAUUAAUAUGUGAGGCGCAUGAUGUAUAAACUCUUGAUUUUCAUUAUACUUUUGUUAUAAAUGUCAUGAAUAAAACUUUUGUAACAGAAUAUUAAUAAAAUGAUAUAUGCAAUGA